ACGCGAAGGUAGAAGACCCCCAUUUCCAAACAAAAACCUAAGUUCCUUCAUGUUUGUUCUUCCAUGGCGAUUUGAGGGAUGAGGGGAUGACAAAAUCGAGCAAGAUUUAACAACACAAAUUGAAGAUCAUCUCAAGAUAUUCAGGGUUUGUUGGAAGCAGUAAGAAUUGUCCUCCCUCUCUCAAAUCAUAGGUUUUGUGUGAGGCAUAUUGAUGCCAACUGGAGUAAGAGGAUCAGAAUUUCAGGAGAGAUGAAGAAAUAUCUAUGGUGGUCUGCUUGGAGCACUUAUGAAGAGGACUUUAAAGAUCAACUAAAGAAUCUUGGUGAAUUGUCUGUUGAUAUUGUCAAGGAGUUGCUUAGGUAUCCACCACAGAAUUGGUGUAGGUCCUACUUUGAUACAUUGUGCAUAAAAUCAGAUGGUGGACAACAAUUUUACAGAGUCCUUCAACUCUUGGAUCUUAGAAGCAAGAGGCAAGCUUAUCCUGAAGAUGCUUGAGGAUAUUAGAAUCAAGGUCAUGAACAGGUUGAGAGAGAAGGAAGAAGAAGCUAGAACAUGGAGAUGUGACUUUAGUCCUAACUGCAUGAAGUUGUAUGCUGCUUAUUUGGAGGUAGCCAACUUAUGUACUGUUCAUUUCAAUGUUGAAACUGGUUAUGAGGUUUCCGAGGGUGGUGAUAGACAUACAGUGAACCUAGUGGAGAAAAAAUGCACUUGUAGAUCCUGGCAAUUGACUGGCCUCCCAUGCCCUCAUACCAUCAGGGCACUAAAAUACGAGAAAGAUGAUCCAAUGACUGAAAUUAGUUGGUGGCACAGUAAGGAAGCUUACCUGAUGACAUAUAGGGCCAAGUUGAUGCCUCUUAGAGGUGAAAAGUUCUGGAAAGCUUACCUGAUCACUGCUCGACGAGGGAGCUCUUCGUCAAUCCAUUCAAAAUACUCACAAGAAUUAACCUACACCAUUAUUAGAAAUUACAGUAGUUCUGAUUUUGUACAUAAACAAUAA